UUGUGCACGAAGCUUAUCGAGGGCAAAAAAACUGGCGAGAAAAUACAAGCGAUAUUAAAUGACACAAAAGAAUGCUUUGAUCUUCAAGAAAAAGUACUUCACUCUGUGACGGAUGCCGGGUCAUAUGUUAAACGCGUCAUUUCACUUGCCGCUCUGGACAGCCACUUGUGCUUAAGGCAUGGACUGCACAACCUGGUGACUGUUGAUGUUAUUGGCAGUGUUCCUGAAUUAGAAAACCUAAUAAAAAAAUGUAAAAAGAUCGUAAAAACCGUUCGGUAUCGCUUACCGGAAUUGGAGCAAGCGACGGAAAAAGAACAAAUGCUUGUUUUACAGUCUCUGGAGCGCGUAUCAGAACAUUUGGAGAUGGACGAGAAUGAACCAAUUAUUGAUGAUGAGGGGUCAGAAUCAAAUUCAGUUUCAGGACUACAAACAAACGAUGAAUUUUGUAACAUUUAA